UAACAUUGCGAUAAGGGGUAAUAUUGAAUCAUCGUGGAUAUCAGGAACAGCUCCAACACCGGAAGUCAGGCUUAGAAUUACGAAUAAAGAUGGUAAAGACAUCACUUCCGCAAAGAUGGGAGACGAGCUUCAAUUAGUUGCUGAGAUGUUGGAUAAAAGUUUAUUCGGAAUAUUUAUCACAGAUCUUGUAGCAUAUAGUAGUACAGAGACAAGCCACAUAACCUUAUUGGACAGGAAAGGAUGCAUCACAGAACCAACAGUUUUAUCCAAGGAGCCAAACAUCUCCAGUUCUAAAGAGGUUCGCAACAAAUUUGAAGCUUUCAAAUUCCCGAAAGAUCCUAUUGUUAAAUUUCGUGCUACCGUUCGUUUCUGUUUGGAUCAGUGUGAGCCGGCCGACUGUUUAUCAGGCGAUAGACUUGGAUACGGAAGAAGGAAGAGACAAGCCGAUUCAGCAGACGAGAUACCAACAGACGUACCACUUCAAACGGUUCUUAUAAUUAGUGAUCACGAGCAAACACAAGAGGACGUGGAAGUUGCAGCUGUCGUGGCUUCUCAAGAAGACUGUUUUACUAGAUUACAUCUCGUUCUAAUUGCUGUUGGUGCCGGUGCUCUCCAAUUGAUUACCAUCGCUGUCUGUGUUACCCACGUCUGCUGUCUGCGCAAGCGCCAUCUGAAGAAAUGCCUAAGAUCGUUGGAUAAUACAUCAUCCAACUCCAGCGUAACAGGAUCUUUCGUUUAUGACGUUUUCCAGAAAAAGAAUAAUGGUGGGCGAUAAAGCGAACACAGGCGAUCAAGUGGAACUUUAUACCAACCACAUCCUAAGGACUCUUUCAAUAAUAAUACUAGUUAUAAUUUUCCUAGACUAAUUUUCACGCCCACGCUAAACUAUAUAAGUAAACGCAGAAUUUUCGACUGGGUAAGGUGUAAAAUGGGAUAUUGUGCAGAUUAUAUUUAUAGGUUGGUGCCUUUUUCUCUGCUUUUUUUUACUCAGAUUGUACCCUAUGAAACACUUCAAGUUACUUAAAUGGCACUUAACUAACCCUUAACCUGCAGCAUGUAUCUUAAGAAACACUUCAAGUUACUUACAUGACACUUAACUAACCCUUAACCUGCAGCAUGUAUUUUAAGAAACAGUUCAACUUAUAUGACAUUUAACUAACCCUUAUCCUGCAGCAUGUAUCUUAAGAAAUAUUCAAGUUACUUACAUGACACUUAACUAACCCUUAACCUGCAGCACGUAUUUUAAGAAACAGUUCAACUUAUAUGACAUUUAACUAACCCUUAACCUGCAGCAUGUAUCUUAAGAAACACUUCGAUUUAUAUGAUAUGUGACUAACCCUUAACCUGCAGAGUGUAUCUUAAGAAAUACUUCGAAUUAUAUGACACGUGACUAACCCUUAACCUCCAGAGUAUAAUUUAAGAAACACUUCGAUUUAUAUGACACGUGACUAACCCUUAACCUGCAGAGUAUAGCUUAAGAAACACUUCAAUUUAUAUAACACAUGACUAACUCUUAACCUGCAGAGUGGAUCUUAAGAAACUCUUCAAGUUAUUCAUGCAUAACUAACCCUUAACCUCUAGGGUAUAUGUUAAGGAACACUUGAAGUUCAUUCCAAACUUAAAGCCUACACUCAUUCGUUAGUAAUAUUGAUUAAAGUGUUGCUUGUCGUUCUUAUUACACUGUUGCUAUUCAACUAAAUAGUGUCAAUUACUGACACCAGGGGAAUUUGUAUUUAUUCACAAUUAAACAAUAAUUUUCAAAUUAUCAUUUGCUAUGUGGAUGUUGAGAAAAUCAAAAGAAUAGAUUCUGUAUUUAUCUUGUAACAAGUUAGUUAGCCUAGAACAAAUUCAUAUUCUUUGGAAGGUUGUCCAUUUUGUUUAUUAUUGCAAUAAAAUCCAGUGUUAGAAUUUGCUAGUUUCUUACCUUACGAUGAUGUUACAUUGUUUGGAUGUUAGCUACCGUUUCCAGUAUUUUAUUAUAAUCACAUUGUUGGAAUUUGCUAGUUUCUUACCUUACGACGAUGUUACAUUGUUUGGAUGUUAGCUACCGUUUCCAGUGUUUUAUUAUAAUCACAUUGUUGGAAUUUGCUAGUUUCUUACCCUACGACGCUGUUACAUUGUUUGGAUGUUAGCGACCGUUUCCAGUAUUUUAUUAUAAUCACAUUGUUGGAAUUUGCUAGUUUCUUACCUUACGAUGAUGUUACAUUGUUUGGAUGUUAGCUACCGUUUCCAGUAUUUUAUUAUAACUAGAUUGUUGGAAUUUGCUAGUUUCUUACCCUACGACGAUGUUACAUUAUUUGGAUGUUAGCUACCGUUUCCAGUAUUUUAUUAUACAUCGUCCCUAUAUAUCCAGUUCUCCUUCAUUAAAAGUUACUUUUAAUAUUUCUAUAAACAUAACUAAGUAUCUAAGUGAUUAUGAUGACUGGAUCAAAAUAGAGCAAUUCAGUAAACUUUGAAAUAUUUACAACGGUUUAUGAGUAUUGUGGGCGGUAACAUGUAAGAGUCUACACGAGUCAUAGAUAGCUGGAUUAUAGAAUUCUAAUAUUUUACCGUUAGCUCAAAAAUGUUAGACUUCUGAGUCAUGCGGAAAGAAAAACGCAAUAAUUUUAUCAACUUUUUUUUUUGUUAAAACUUCAUAUUGAAGCAUUUUGUCUCAAAAUAUGAAGUUUGCUCAUUUGUAGAAACAUCUAAAACUAUGUAAGACCCACAAUAUUCAAACAAUUAAGAGAGGCAGGCGAUGUGUUGGAAACUGUUAAUCAUAAAUUAAAUGAGUGAUAAAUAUUAUGCAAUAAAGAACCAAAAGAAGAAAUUAUCGAAUAAAUAUGGCUUGAAAGUUAGAAUCAGAUGAUAGAGAAGAAGCAGAAAAAUUAGAUCUAUGGAGAUCUAGACUCAGAUGACAGGAAAAAUCAUAAAAAGGAACUAAAGAAUAAAUGAGGCUUAAGAAAGUAAAGUCUGAUGGUGGAAAAGAAAAGGAAGAAGGAUUGAAUGAAUUUCUAAAGAUGCUAAUUUAUGUGAAAACUAUAAUUAAAUUAAAAUUUAUGAGAUAAUAAAUAAGUAAUCUCACAAUAUAUGAAAAGUGUCUUAAAAACAUGAGUCCUAUAAUGGCCAGAAAUACUAAACUGUGAAGAACUUCAAGCUUACUAAACAGCAACUUAACAUAGAGAGCAAGUCAUAUGAUAAUAUAAAGCUUUGAGAAUUUUUUUAUCCUGCCUUGUAUUCAGCUAUAAAAACAUGUAAAAUGUAUGUUUAUAAUAUACCUCUUUGUCUUUAGUUU